GGCGCACCCGAGCACACAUUUGGCACUUGACACAAGACCGCGGCUCAACCGGGCUUCACCGGCGGUUAGUUCACUAUUAACUUAUCAGGCCUACAAUAAGCCUUUAUAUUUUAUUCAUUCAUUCUGUCAAGUGUUUACAGCAUGGGGGAUCCUUACCAAUAUCCCGUUUUCUUCGAGUGCCCCACUUUGAACGAAGAGCAAAGGAAGAGGAUAGAAACCUACUUCCAUAUUCGCCGCAAAUCAGGAGGAGGGGACUGCAGCUCAAUAACAUACAUCAAUGAUAAAGUUUACAGCAUUGCUUUCAAAGAACAAGAGGAUCAGCAAAGAGUUCUGCAGAGAUCUGAACAUGAGUUGGAGUUUGCAAGUGGUCUUCUGGUGCUGACUGUGAAAGACAGCCCUGGACCUACACACAAAAACGUUGGCCCAAAAGCGGACUUAACUUCAUCACAGCAGAGCCCCCAGUCCAUUCCUGCUUCAACUACUUCACCAGAUGGUAGAAACUAUGAACUACAACUUGACCCUUACCUCCUUCGUUACCUAAAGGAAAGCCCCAACGCUGGGAAAGAACUAGAGAAAGAACUCUCUUCUGUGGCCUGCUCUGCCAAGCUUUACCCAGAGGAUGAGAGGGCUUUAGUUAGGUGCUUAGCUCAACCUGGUGCAGAAGAUGAAGUUAGAAACUGGAAAGCUGAAGUAGACAAAGUUUUUGAUGGAUAUCUGUGCCACUAUGAGGUUGACCCUCACAAAGUUAAAGCUUUGCUUCAGUCCUGCAGCUCCCGUCAGGUCACAGAUGAGGUGAAGGUGUACAGCGAGGUUGGGAUGGCUGUUGUUGUUGGGAGGACGUCUCAGGUGAAGGCCAGGUUGAUGGAUGUAGAGCACUCACGGGUUAAACAAGGGUCAAGUUUAAGUGAGAAGCAAACCAGCAUUCGCCGACUUGGCACAGCCAAACUCCGUCUCCUUUGGACAGAGAUUGAGCACAGUCUGGGACGAGAUUUUCCAGGUGUGAAGGUCACACAGGGAGAUGCAGGGCAGUUAGUUUUGGAAGGAUCUGUUGAGGAGAUUCUUAAGGCCGGAGACCAGAUCUCUGAUAUUGAAAAUUUGGUGUCAGAAAGGACAGUUUCUGACAUGAGCCCACAUUUUUUGGCCUUCCUCAGGAGGGUAUAUGGAGGUCCAGGGGUGCUAAGUGACAUUUUAGGGUUUGGUGACAAGGUGGAAAUAGAGUUACGAGACACAGAGUUGCAUUUGUUCAGCCGCUCUGCUGAAAAACUGGAUGAGACAGAGAAAAAACUGCAAGAAAAAUUCAAGGAAGUCAAGAUCUAUGUGCCUAACUGCUCUGCUGUGCCAUCUGAGCUUCAGGAAAAGCUUAAGUCCAAGACAAAUGAGAUGAACCAAGGGCAGCAUAGGGCUCAGGUUGUGUUUGGCUUAGACAGCACAGUGUUCCUACUGGGCCACACGAAGGAGGUCGAAGAGCUGAGUGAAACUGUCACACAGUUUAUUUUGGACCAGUCAAGCAUAGAAGGUAAAAUCAUUCUCCCUUUCCCAGAGUUAGCACAAGAGUUACCAGAAUUGCUGCAGCUGCAUGGUUUUGACUAUUCAGAGGUUACCCUCCAUACUUUAACAUCUUCCUCUGGGCCUGUGGUGAUGCUGGAAGGUCCAUCCAGCAAAGUGACUGAGGUCAGGAACAACUUGGGUCCAUUUUUGGACUCCCUUAUUCAGGAUAAAAUCACCAUUGACCUGCCAGGGGCAGUAAGAUAUUUCAAAAGUCCCUCUGGAAGAGAGAACAUUUUAAGUGUUGCUCAUUCUCAGAAGUGUCUCAUACAGCUUCAAGGACAACCUCACAUUACUAGAAAGAAUUUGGAGUCUGGUGCAGUAAGCUACAGCCUUCGUGAUGGACUCAAGGUUCUGGUGUGUCAGGGGGACAUCACCAAACAGGUUGCUGACGCCCUGGUGAACGCUGCCAAUGGAGACCUGAAACACUGUGGCGGUGUUGCUGCUGCACUGAGUAGAGCAGGUGGCCCUCAGGUUCAGAAAGAGAGCAGCGCUAUAGUAAAGCAGACUGGGAAAAUUCCUACAGGUGAAGUUGUAGUGACCACAGGGGGGAACUUAAACUGCAAGAAGCUGCUGCAUGCCGUUGGGCCUGUAGGUGGAGAAUCAGGUGGCAAAGAAAGGUUGUUAUUAGAAAAAACUGUCCAUUCUGCUCUGAAUUUAGCAGAAAUGAUGGAGUUUGAGUCUAUAGCCAUGCCCUGUAUCAGCUCAGGUGUGUUUGGUGUUCCUGUCACUGUGUGUUCUGAGGCUAUCGUGACUGCUGUUAAGGAGUUUGGCAGUCAGGGAGGGCGAAGUCUGAGCAGAAUCAUCCUGAUUGAUAACAGAGGAGAGGUGGUGCGGGCCAUGCAGGAAGCAUGUGACAGGCUUCUCCAAGGGAUAAGUCCUGGAAACCAACCAAGUGAUGUGGGGUUCCAGAUCGAUACUGCCCAAAACACUGCAAUAGGAGCCACAGCUGGAGCUCCUGGAGAUGGUGUCCGUGUGGAGAUCAUUCAGGGAACCAUCGAGACCCAGCAGGUGGAUGGCCUGGUAUCUCCUAUGGUAGGCCAUGAUCCUCUCUCUACCCGUGUUGGAAAUGCUUUGUCCAACAUGGUUGGACCUCAGCUGACUGCAAAGUUUCAUAAGGAAGCAAGAGGAGCAACACUGCCUGGGGAGAUAGUCCUGGUGGAGGGCUUGCCUUCACUCAAGUGUAAAGGAGUGUUCUUCCUCAACCUCAUUCCCUGGGAUAAUAACCAACAUGGAACUGCAGUCCAGGUUCUGAGACAGAGCAUCAAAAAGAUUCUGGCUUCCUGUCAGAUCAGAGGCUUUCGUUCAGUUGCACUCCCUGUGCUUGGGACAGGUGCUGUCUUGCGUUUUCCUCACACUGUGGCAUCCAGACUUGUACUGGAGGAGGUCCGUGCAUUUGAACAGAACCAAGCCAGCGGAACAUCUUUCCUGGUCCGAAUUGUUAUCCACCCCAAUGAUAAAGAAUCAAGCAAGGCCUUCCAGGCUGCCCAGGGAACUUUGCAUCUCAGAGGAUUCACAAAUGAUGCUAACCCAGAUCAAGCUUCCUUUUACCGCCACGUCUCUGUUACUAAUGAUGAGGUCACAGCCAUGCUGGGUGGAGUCAAGCUUCAGAUGGUCAGUGGAAACAUCAUUCAUGAGACCACUGAUGCCAUUAUCAACACAACCGACUUCUCCAACAGCCAAUCUGGUGUGUCCAAAGCCAUUCUGACUGCAGCAGGUCCCGUUGUCCAAGCACAGUUAGCACAAGUGGGCGUUCCAGCAGACUUCAUGUGCACCACAGGACCCGGGUUGCUUGGCUGUAGGGAAAUCAUUCAUGCUAGUUUCAUGCGUGACCCUAAGAUUUUUCGGAAGAAGUUCAAAAAGAUACUGAAGCAGUGUGAGAGCAAAGGCUAUCACUCAGCAGCCUUCCCAGCUAUCAAUACUGGUGCGGCUGGAAUGGACCCUGUCCAAGCUUGUAAAGCCAUGCUGGAUAGCAUGACCUCAGCUAUUACGAAUUUGAAACCAAAUUCCCUCUCACUCAUCCGCAUUGUCAUCCUGCAACAACCGGUGUUCCAGGCUUUUAGAUCAGAGCUGGAGAACCGCUUUGGACAAACAGCCGCUCCCAGCCUGACCCUGAAAGAAAAAGCUAAACAAAAGCUCAAGAAGUGGCAUGACAAGUAUUCAAGAACCUCCAGAACUUCAGCACCUCAAGGCAAAACCUUCAACACCUUAAAACCACCGCCAGCUGUAAUACUUGUGAUUAGCUGCCGUCCAGACACUGGCAAGACCAUCAAGAGAGAUUUGGAAGGGAUCUUGCUGAAGCAGCUGGUAGAGAGAGAGGUGGAUUUUUCCAGGCUUGAUGCCAUGGAGCUGGAGGCAGUGCAGGUAAAGGUCAAUGUCUUAGAAAUGAGCGUGGAGUGCAGGAGACCUCAAGGUUCUGGGGGUGUGAAUGGCAACAGAGCAGGAAACUCAGCAGGAAACUCAGCUACAGCUGAAGCUAGAGAUCUGUCAGCGUCAGGAGGAGAGGCCUAUGUGCUAAAAGGCCUAAAAGAGGACGUUUUGAGUGUCACUGACUUCAUAAACAGAGCAAUCCAAAAAGCACUUUGCAAAGACCUCCAAGAUAAAGAAGAAGCAACGUUGGCUCUUACUGUCCAGUGGUCGAUUCAGAAUGUAAAUGGAGACUGGCACGAGGUGAGCCUGCAUGACAACUACAUGCUGGAAGAAGCUCACAUGAAGAAUGAAGUGUUUGUAGAUAUGACAGCACCAGACGGCAUGAUGGUGAAAAUAAACUUGAAGAAACAAGAAGCCACAAAUUGUAUCACAGGCAUCACGUACAAAGUGAAACGGAGCGAGUCUGAUACAUCCUUAGAGUUGCCAGAACACUGGGAACCUAUGCACCAAGAAGUAUUUAAAAAGGUUGAGCUGCAACCUAACUCAUCAGAGUACCAGGACGUGGCCAGGGGUUUCCACAAAACAGCUAAAAACAACAUUCGCAAAAUUGAGCGCGUGCAAAACCCCUAUUUGUGGCAUGCCUAUACUGUGUGUAAGCAGCGUAUACUUGCUAAGAAUGGCUCAGCAGACGUUGGGGAGAAGUCUCUGUACCAUGGCACAUCUGCAGGUUCAUGCGACUGCAUUGAAAAGAACAAAUUUGACAGGGGGUUUGCAGGAAGACAUGCUGCUAUGUAUGGAAAGGGGGUUUACUUUGCAGUCCGUGCAGAGUAUUCGGCCAGUAGAUUUGCACCAGCAGACAUGUCAGGCCUGAAGCGGGUGUAUGUUGCUCGUGUCCUGACCGGCCGUUACACGGUCGGAAAUUCUUCAAUGCAAGCUGCCCCUCCUCGUGGCUCUGACCCCGCUGACUGCUUCGACAGCGUGGUGGACAACCAACAGCAGCCCUCCAUGUUUGUGAUCUUCCACGAUGACCAGGCCUACCCAGAAUACCUCAUCACCUUCGACUGAGGAGAACUUGCACUACUAUACAGCGGUCUCACAGUCAUCUUGUUAAAUACUUCAAAACUAGUGAUAAUUUAGGAUGUCACUAAAAAUUCUACUUUCCAUUAAUAUUGUGGGUUUUUUUCCCAGAGCUGAUUUUGAGCGUGUUUAUUUCUCAGCAACAUAGAAGUACUUUAUAGUAGAACAGAAACAAUUAGAUGUGGUGACAGUAGAAGCAUCGCUAACAGAUUUUGAAGAAUGCAUGUAAUGAUUUAAAACUUUCACCAACUGUAUUAAAGGACAAAGCUGCACUGCAGAGACACUCCUUUAAAUUAUACUUUUCUUUUUUUGGAAAUGUAUUUUUUCUGACAUAAGUCAAAUCAUAUAAAACCUGAAAUUGUAUUUGCUUUUAUUAUGUAAUUAAUUUGGCGAGAUGGGGCAGGAU